AUGUCCACCUCACCGCGUGAGCCACUCAAUCCGUUCGGCAUCCGCGAACUGCACGGACCCUCCGACCACGGAAUCGUCAGGAUCACUGCCCCAGAGUAUGACUCGACUAUCAAGUCCUAUCCGAAUGCAGCCCUAACCUACCUGGACGACGAUGAUGGGGAGACCAUUACCGUCGGCUCAAGCCUUGAGCUGCAACAGCGGCUUGAUGAGCCUCUAAGAGCAAGAAGAAGACGCGAGAGAAAUUUAUCCGCUUCUGCAGCUCGCAGUCCCAUAGAUAGUGAUCAAAAGGUUCAUUUAUUCGACAUUCAGCGGACUGCAGAGAACCUAUUGGUCUGGCGUGAUCACGCUGCCUACUCGAGCAAGGCACUUCACAAGAACGCCGGUAGCAUCACAUCUCUGUCCGAACCAGGAACCGAAACAACUAGUGCUGCAAAUGUUGCAGCUACUCACGAGGAUCAUGCUGAUAUUGCUGCGACUCUUGCAACUGAACGAGAAUCAAACGUCACUCUGCAUCCUCGGAUUGACGCACCUGAGUCCUCAGCCUCUUCUCCAAAACCAUUGACCUGUUCCAACGAUAUCCUGCAGAGCGUCGAUACCAUUCUACAAUCUGCAUGCCAAGGCAUCGAAAGUCACGUUACCGGUUUCACGGCUUUCCUGGAUCUGACGGCCAGCGCGCUGCGCACAGUUGCUCAGAAGACCAGAGAUGCCGAUACAUCACCUGUGGAGGAUCUUCUUGGUGGUAUGAAAGACAUAAUUGUCGAGGCUGGGCAUAUGGGUAAAGACUUACUGCGAUCACUCGAAGACACCGAACCUCAUGUCCCGUCGCAGCAGGAUAGCCGAUCCAGACGUGAUAGCUCAGAGAGUGCGCAACCUGUCUUCAUUCACACUGUGGAUGACGAAAGUCUGGCCUCUUCAAAGCGCGUUAGCUUCGCUCCUACGGAACCUAAUUCGGCGAAUCAUGCCCAAGUACCAGCACCUCCUGUUCCCCAACUCGAUCAAGAGGUUGAGUCCUCCAUCAUCCCGGGACCAUGGUCAGAUAUAAGACCCAGCUUCGAUGCGUUGCUGCCACAGACUGCACCCAUCUUCUACCGCAACUUGUCGAAGCAAGCAUCUUCAAGCACUCGUGCAAAGCCUACUCAAUUACUCGAGGAGAAGCCAAGUGAAUCCUUGAUGGACAUGGAGGGCUCGACCGCCGAUUUUGCAGCACGAUAUCCUCCACUGACAUCGCUGAAGAGAGCGAAAACACUUGGCUCCCUGCGGACGGAGCCCUCCCGUGCGGACAAGCACGAGGAGACCAGCAGCAGCACCGUCUCAACACUCUCGAGAUAUCCCAGCCUUAGCCAGCUCGAACAACAUAGGCACAUGACCGGCACCUCCCGUCCGAGACCCAGGGAGCCUACGCGUCUGGAGCGCCACCGUGCUUUCGUUCGAGCACAGUACCACCGCUUUGACUCCCUGCCAAAGGGCUACCGAACCCCAUCGGUUGAGGAUGCCACCGAUCUAGAGGACAAGCCUUUCGAGAAUAAGGCUGCUGGGCCUGCGAAGCCAGAUGGCGGAGUCGAUGCUUUGCUCCCUGGCGCUUGGCCGGAGCCGAGCACUCCAGGUGUCAAUGCUUCUGUUCCCGAGUCCUCUGGGGCGUUCUUCAACCGCAUGGCACAGAACGGGCGGAGCGGGCAAAGCCAGCCAAAGUCGCCUGCACUCUCGUGUAGGACUACCAGCCCCCUGGCCGAUUGCUUCUCUCCCGUAAACAACAACUUGCGACGGGCGCAGACUGUGACGGCUUCGAACCCGGCAGCAAGACUCAACGGCCCAUUCGAUCCUAUGACUGGUGUCCCCGACCUGCGCAGUGAGGCUAGCACGUCCCAAAUGAUGGCAAACGCGAUACCAGCAAUGCUACCACAGCGAAGCUUGACACAACACCAGCCAACUCGCACACGCCAGGCACCCGCCCGCCCUACAGUCGUUGCUCCGCAGAACACGCUGUGGAAUAAUUCUCCUCACUCCCGGCAGGUUCCUCUCUCCCAUCGGCCUAUUCCUUUACACCGUGCACCCAUGCCCGGUGCAUUUCCUUAUCCGCCAAUUCCGCAGCCUCGCCCAGUUUCUGGGAACAAUCACUUCCUCCGGCAGAUGCGCAGUGAACCCAACUUCAUCGUCCCAACACCUGCAGCUCGUCCUGACAUGAACUCUGAAGUCAGUGAUUGUGUGAAGAGCCUUCGGAAUAUGGGUUAUGGUGUGACAGACGCGAACGAGGAUGCGAGGUUGCCUAUGUAUGCUAGUGCUACGUCUAGUAAUGUCUCAGAGGCUAUCGAGAUGAUCGAGGAGGACCGACGUGCCGCUGAAGCUAUCAUGGCCCGGCGCUGA